GCCUGCCAAAGGGAGCCCGUUCCUGUGCGUGCGAGCCGGGCGCCCCGCGCGUGGCCACCGCGCACCGCCCCGGCCGCCGCGGGAGAGCGCGGGCAGCGCGGCUCGGCGGCGGGCGGCGCAGCCCUGCCCUCGGGACACCCUCGGCCUCCGGCCGGACGCCGCUCUCCGCCCCGAGGCGGGCCCGGGGCGGCUGCGACCGGGGACGGCGGCGGGGAGGGAGGACGCCCUUCGGCGCCGUGGAUGUUCCGCCCGCGGAAGACAGCAAGUUGUGCGCGCGCCGCGGCCGCCGCCCGCCGCCCGCCCGCCGCGAAACCAUCAUCUCGACUCCAGAGGAUGAGAAGUUGAUGGCCAGUAAGCCUGAAGAUUCACUCUGUUGCUAGACAGCCCCCCGUUACAGACCGUGGAUUGCCUGCCAUACCCUGGUGGCUUCACGUCUCCACUCACCCCUGCGGUGCCAGAGUAGUUAUUUUGGGUCCUCAGGGCCCUACCUGUUGGAAGAUGGCAUCCAGCCUGACUUGUACCGGGGUGAUCUGGGCUUUGCUCUCCUUUCUUUGUGCUGCCACCUCCUGUGUGGGGUUCUUUAUGCCUUAUUGGCUCUGGGGGUCACAGCUGGGCAAGCCUGUGUCCUUCGGUACUUUCCGGAGAUGCUCCUAUCCUGUGCAUGACGAGAGCCGGCAGAUGAUGGUGAUGGUGGAGGAAUGCGGGCGCUAUGCCUCCUUCCAGGGCAUCCCCAGUGCAGAAUGGAGGAUCUGUACCGUCGUGACAGGCCUGGGCUGCGGUCUCCUCCUCUUGGUGGCUCUCACUGCCCUCAUGGGCUGCUGCGUGUCGGAGCUCAUCUCCAGGACAGUGGGAAGAGUGGCUGGAGGAAUCCAGUUUCUGGGAGGCUUGUUGAUCGGUGCUGGCUGUGCCCUCUACCCCUUGGGCUGGGACAGUGAGGAAGUCCGGCAGACUUGUGGCUACGUUUCUGGCCAGUUUGACCUGGGCAACUGUGAGAUCGGCUGGGCGUACUAUUGCACGGGAGCGGGUGCUGCCACCGCCAUGCUGUUGUGCACGUGGCUGGCUUGCUUCUCAGGCAAGAAACAGAAGCAGUAUCCCUACUGAGAUGGAGCCACCAAGAGCACACAGAGGAGGUGACAGGCCGAAGGGGCCCGGAGAGACCGAAAUGUCCAGCUACUUUGGAAAGGUGGAAUAGUGGUUCUCAUCCACACAGUGCUCAUGAAACGAAACCCAUUGGGAUGAUAACCAUUGUAUAAUGUCAAAGCGUCACGCAAGAUUUGCAAAAGAAAUGGAGAACGUGGAAGAACAGAGAAAAAUGGACCAAAGGCUAAAACUAUUGCAGGGUGUUGGAUGUUUCUGUUCCACAGAGUAUUGUUAAUGUAGAACACAUACACACACAAAACAAAUCUAUAUAUGCAAACAAGAGUUUUCGUUUUUGUGUGUGUGUGUGUGUGUGUUUUUAAGAUGAGGACUCAGAGAAUCAAAAGGGCUAGUAGAAACAGUAUUACGUUGGGAAUCAGGAGAACCCACAGUUCCCUGUAGGUCAUGGCGCUUCUGAAAGCACACACAGGCAUACACAUCCACACACACCCCCACACACCCCCACACCCAAACACAGACAUUGUGGCACAGGCUGUAUGGGAGGCUCAGCGUUGCAUUACUCCUCUGUUUUCUUUUUAUUACACACUUAAAAUACAGUAUUAUCACUUUAUAAAGCAUACAUUAAACCUAAUAAAUGGACCAGUAAGCCACUCUAUCAGUAUUUUGUAUAUCCUGCAUAAACUCUUCAUGCCCUCAACCUGUUUUCAGUGUUUAUAAAGACCUUUAGAGUUAAGCCUUUGUAUUUCAAUAUUAUUCAAAAAUAUGCAAGAUUUCUUUGUCUGAGAAGCUUCUGCUGUGAUAUUCUUAUGAACUAAAGGGGCAACUUCCUAUCCACUAUAGGAGAGAAUUCGGUUGAAGGUGUGAACGUAAUGAGAGACAUUUUCCAGUCAUUAGAUCUUGUUUUCUUUUGUCCAUUAUUGUACUGUGCUGUACCACAUUUAUUUCAAUAUUCAUUUUGUAUAAAAAAAAAAUUUUAAAGUGCUAUUUUGUUUGUAUUUGAAAAACUCUGUGAAUAAAUUCUCUUUGAUCAAUAGUUAAA